AUGUACUUCCUCACCGCUAUAGAUUGCCGUCAACACACCCUCGAGAUUGACCAAGUUAGUGGUUCUUUUUUUCUUCUAGGUUCAUAGAUUCUCCUAAUGACGACCAUAUGGUUGUAAGUGAGCGUCUUCGCUCCCGUAGAUAGCGCUUUACUGUGCCAACACAACUUAUUUAUUUAACCUUUAUUUCGACGUGCAGUCAUGCUGAGACCAAGGUCUCUUUCUCAGAUGAGUCCUGGAUACACAUCAAAAACACAUCAACAAUACACAUCAAUAUACACAUCAAUAUUCACUAAGCAAGCCAUUUCAAAUCUCAAAUUGCUGAGGAGUAGAGAGGGAAGAGUUCUGUGGGAAUGCCAAGGUAAUAAUCAGUAGCUGCCAACUAGAUAUUGUGGCGUCCAUUAAAAGAAACAUGGGGCGUCUGCCAGGGACUUGUCAUAUAACGGGGUUGUUGAAGGUGUCUUUUAAAAACAGUGCAACUCUCUUUAUCAAGUCCUAAUCUGUCUCUCCUCAGCGACGGUUAUUAUUUCUAGUGGCUCAUUUCGGAGGCAGCAAGCCCAAGCAGCUUCUGCUGACAUCGCCAUCCAAGCUAAACAAACAAGGAAAACAUGCUUGGCUGGCUGCUUCGAAAUGUAGGGGGGGGGGGAAUCUCGCAUUACAAUGAAUGGAGAUAAUUGGUGUGUAAUUUAAGUUCGUAUUACGUAUUUAGGCCUACACUUUGUUGACUUUAUACUGGUGUGGGUACAGGGUGUUAUGGAAAAUGUUUUGUCAUAGCGUGUAGGCUAAAGAAAUCAAGCAUGCAGUGACUAUUCUGUCAGCGAUAGUUGUGCUCAAGCUUGUUUUCCACACAAUUCAGAGAAUCAUUGUGACUGUUACGUAAAAGCUUUUGCUCCUUGGGUAGCAUAGGUCAUUCACAAGCUUCCUCCAGCAGGCUUUGUAUUAGGGUUGCACGAUAUUGGAAAUAACUGACAUUGCGAUAUUUUGUUUUCCUGCGAUAUAUAUUGCGAUAUGAAAAAAUACAGGGUGUAUGUAUGAUCCUCUGGGGGAAAAUGCAGUUUGCAAACAGCGACUUUUCAGGUGGAAGUCCUCAUUAAUAAAGUGUACGGUCAGGCUUAUGUAGGGCUCCGUUGUCCGGCUGGACCACAAGUCCGUUGUUGCUGUAUAAUAUUACACUUGUGACAGCUCUGUUUCAACUUGUGCCUUGCACAUCCCAACUCUGGGAUGGCAACUUGAGAAAAAUAGUUGCGUGAUGGCAUUACAUACCGCUUGUCAAGCGACCGGAUCAUAUUUUUAAAACCGUCUUUGGUAACCGUGUUAAUUGGUACCAUGUCUUUGGCGGCGUGAAAUGUUAUUGAAUCUGUGAUUUCUCUCUGCCGUUUGGAACCGUUCGCAAUUUGUAAGUCGCUCUGGAUAAGAGCGUCUGCUAAAUGACGUAAAUGUAAUGUAAAUGUUCUCGUAUGGUGUAAUACUGGCAAAGGCAUCCGAAAUAGAUUUUUGCUUUGGAGGGCAUUGAGAUUUUUUUUUUUACUUGUCAUACGAAGAUUUGUGGUGCCGCCUUAAAUGAUCGAACAAAUUGGUCGUGUUGCCUCGUGUUGUGGCAUCAAUUGCAAGGCACUCUCGACAAAGUACCUGUUUUUGGUCAACAUCAUCCUGUCUGUAGCCGAAAUAUUUCCAUAUAAUUGACGAUGCAUUUGUUUUUGCAACCAAAUUCUCAAUUUCGGUAUUUUUUGCCUGUUCCUCGCUCAUCAUUUCGUCACGCGCAAGCCGAGCCCGCAUGUCAACCACGUGCAGCAACCAACUCCGUGUUUAAAAUAACAAUAAUAAACUGUGUAUCCAAUAACCCAUACAUCUGAGUAAAUUACGUUAUAUCAGACAGAUAUAAUGCUAGUUUAACAUUUAAAAAAUAUAUAUAUUGUAGACUGAUAUGUUUACCUUACUAAAUCGCACGUUCUGCGAUGUGACUAUUGCGGAUGCAUACAUCGCAAUGUCGAUGCUGAAACGAUAUAUUGUGCAGCCCUACUUUGUAUUGUGAGGUUUUUUCUCCGCUUCUUUCAAGGAGGCUCUUGCUUGCUUCAGCUCUCGAAUGUUAAUAGAUGUAAUUUAUUCUGUAACCUUCAAGAUUUGAGCAUGGGCAUGCAACACAGUGUUUGGUAGACAAGCACACCUGUUGCACAAAGACAUUGGUCCAGUUACUAGUUGUGAAUGGCUUGGCUAUUUCACUUUUGACUCCACAGUUCUUAAAUGGAUUAUCUCCACCCUUCUCAGGGUUUUCUCUCAGCAAUUAACAUGACAAAUUCGCAAUGGUCUCUCACAAACACUCUGAAAAUCCACCCUGAUAUUUCUGCUGGACUGAGGCCAAAAUUGGCCAAUGCCUUCUAGGAGCAAGUCUGAGGUGCGUUUUAAUGGUUGGAUGACAUGCAUGCCGUUCCUGUUCGUCUUUUAUAAGCAGUCUGUUAUUUCCAUCACUGUGUUUACGAAUGUGGCUUUUUUACAAGGCGAUGGAAACUCCAUCUUAAUGGCUAUGCACAUGUGUUGCUAACAGGCAGGAAAUCAAUGCGAUUCUUCAGCCUCUAUAUUGGACGAAGCGGUCCUCACUUUACCCCUGUGUAGGCUUGGGCGAAAUCCAGAUUUUCAUAUCGUAAUACAAUCCUUCUCUCAUCCUGGGAUUUACGUAUUACCAGCAUAACACACAAGGGGGAGCUAAAAACGCAAGAAAAGUCCAUUAGGCCUCUCUUACCAGAAUGCUAACAAAAUUUGCACAAACUAAAAGUGAAAUCACAUAGAUGCUGUUAGCUAAAUGCUAACGAGCGAAAACAAGCAAAAACAAACAAACGAAUUGCAAAGACAGGCAAAUCCAGCUCAUAAAGUUAUACAAGCAUAGCUAGUAGCUACCAAAUGUUGUUUUCGGUGAGUGUGGACAUUUACAAGCGAAAGUGAACGAGAUAAAUUGUGCAAAUGAACAAAGUUGUGAUGCAUGCCUUUUCUGAAGGAAGAGCAGCAUGUGUACAUGGAGAAGAAUGGAGGAGAAAAAAAACCGCUAGUAGGAAGCACAGAGAAGAAAUGGCAGCUGUACAGAACUCCUCCAGAGCUCUUUGACUUCUGGCAGAAAGCCGUUAUAAGAUAUCUGAUGGCAAACAUUUAGUAGUGAAUUGCAUACACGUAUAACUUCAUCACCUCAUAUGCGGCGCACAGCAGAGACUCCCUGAUAGAUAUGGACUCACCAUCUCCUGCUUUCUCCUGUUGUGCUAUGUACAAACAAACAUGUGACUGGCUCCACUGUUCUGUGGAACUACGGUAAGCUUCAUAAUGUAAAAUAAUGUGACGGGUGAAAUGAAGAACACAAUCUGCUUUAUCUCGUAACGUAUUGCACAAGUUGACUACAGGUAAUAACUUGAAAAGUAGCUACAAAUAUUCAAAUGUAUUGAAAAACUUUAAAUAACUAGUUUUUUAUUUGAAAAAAAACAUCCUGUGGCUUUUUCCAAAUACCCCGGUAUAUACGGUAUACCGCUCAAACCUACCCCUGUGAGCUUUUCAGUUUUUUUGCCUCAGUUCAUGUUGGUGUAGUACUCUCUUUUGCUUGUUAGCAUUGACUUAAGUGGUUGUGUGGUGUGAAAAAUAUGUUCUAGGGUAUAAAUGAGCGUGAACGUUUUUUAAACGCCUCUCUCUAUAAAGCCUGAAAUAUCACUUAGCCUAGUUGAUAGAACAACUUUACACAUUAAAGUGUAAUUUUACUCAUGGAUAUAAUGUGUGCUUCCUGUCGAACACUGACUUGAUAAUGAGGCCUAGUGCUUGAAAAUUUAUAUAUUCAAGGAAUAUAGCCUACAUUGACGUGAUCAGUGCUUAUGAAUAGGCUACCUAGAAGGAAUAAUAUAGCCUAUAUGCAUUGCUGGCCUACUUGGAUGAUUUAUGUAUGCAUACUUAUCAUGUCAGCUCAGUCUGUGUUCAACACUGUUUUGUCUUUGAACCAGCAUCUUCCUCUCUCUGACGGUAGUCGUGGGAGCACUCAUCCAGAUCCCUGUCAUCUAAACACAGAGCCCCGUACUGAGGCUGCCCACUGUUUACAUUCUGAUCAAUCUGAUAGGGCCCCAUCAGAGUUCCGCUGCAUCUGAUAGGCCCGUCACAGCGCUGCGGCAUCAGAAAAGGAAGAAAUAAAGGCUCUGUGCCAGAAAAAAGCCAGCAGGGAUCCUGCUCUCCUGUCAGUGUGUCAGCCCAGAGGCAGGCCCCAUAGAUCCCCAGGCUCGCCUGACUAGCUAACCCCAGCAGGGUGGCCCUACCCCGGACCCGACUGGGAAAGGUGACCCCCCCCCGGCAUCCAUCCAAGGCUAAGAAUCCCCUAGGCCUCACCCUGGCUGUCCUCUCUGGCUGCCUGCCAAGUUGUCAUUAUCACCACAAAGAACAGAUAACUGGCAAAAUUCUCAUUCUCAAACACAACACAGACACCACCAGCAACUCUGUUACUGCUCAGCUAGUCAGCUCACAUAGCAGAACUCAGUGUAAGGUUAAACAACAAGGGAAGUCAUUCAGAAAGAAAACAGCCAUCAGUUCCCGUCAGAAUUACCAAACGGGUAUACUAGCUAACCCACUAUGUGAGCAGAAUGACAUCUAGGGGGUCAAGUCAAGUCAAUGGGGAGGAAGACAGAGGAAUUACUUUGCAUUUCAUACAGCAACAACAAUACAAAUAAAAAAAGAGUGGUGGAUCUCUGUGGGUGGCCACUGUCUCUGUGGGUGGCCACACACACACACACACACACACACAUCCGUCUCCGCUGCCUCCAAGCGUACGUGACUGACUGUGACCGCGCUCCUCUCCGUUGGAUGACCUCCAUCUUGCUCCACUAGAGGAGAAGGGGUUUAUGGGUAGUAUGUUGCGGUGGCUUCUGGUUGGCUGCCCUUGUCCUCUUUGUCUCCUCCACAGUUGUUUUGGCUGCACGACAUGCUCUGCUCAACAGAUGGCUCUACGCUAUAGGCUAGCUCCUGUGCUACGACUUUGACUUAUGCUAGUUUUAUCAUCUGUCUCCUGUCUGUCACUCUGUUUUAUAACGGUAGCAGUUGUUUUUUUGUUUUUUUUCUCCCAAGGGCGUACCUACCGUAAAUGCCUGUUCGGUGAGUCUAAAUGAGAACGUCUGUUCCGACCGUAAGAUUGUGUUUCGCCGUCACUGCAGUGUCCUUCUUAAGUCUGUUUUUCUUUCGCUGUCUUUGUUUCUGUCCAUAAGAUGGAUGAUAAUGAUAGAGAUGAAGACGGUGGUGGAUUGUGGGAUGUGGCCCACCUGUCACACAGGUGUCGGCUUUGGCUUGUUUUGAGCCCUCGCCUGAUGACAGUCGCAUGCUGUUGAUGAUAUACUUCACUGUUGUCACUGCGACUGGUUUAUAAAUUGGCUCUGAAUUUUAAACCAAAUGGGAAUGUAGCUAUGGGGAGGGAGUGUGGGGGGAGUGCAUAAAUCAGUAUGUAGAUUGUCCUCCUUUCACUCCACAAUCCCUUCUGAAUUACAUAGAAGAUGGUUGUGUAAACUACGGUUGUUUUCAAGAUCCAACAUAUUAUUAGGGCUUCUACUCAACCACCUUGUGGAGAUUUCAUUAAAGUUAUCAUUUGCAUAGACAGGGAAUCCAGAACUACAGUAUUUUACAGUCCAGACAUACAGUAUUUCACUUUGGAGGUCGCCCUCAACCUAAUAACCUGUACCCAACCAGGCAACCCCAACUCAACCUGGCAACCUCAACCCAACCUGGCAACCCCAACCCAACCUGGCAACGUCAACCCAAUCUGGCAACCCACACCCAAUCUUAUUUGGCAACAUAGUCUGACGUGAUAUAGCCCUCAGGUAUUCGUCACCUUUGGUUGCCCUCAUUCAGAUUAAGCAGCAUGAAUCAUCAUAGUUAUGCAGCAUGCUGGUAUCUGUAGUCAACAUAAAGCCUACAUACAUUCCUAUUGUCUGCUAGGGAGGGUUUAUACAUGGGGAAAUCCCUAAACAUGUACUGGCUGACUAAACCUAUACUUCCACAGUAUUAGCAGAGCUCUCCGUCAAGGCAGUAGCAGUAAUUAGUAUUGUGUCAUAUUUUGUGUCAAUGCGAUGUUAAUCUCUGACCAGGCUAUGAGUAAAUCCUUUGCAACAAAACAGGUCGUAGAUGACAGAGAGGCCUACUAUUACAGCUGAUUUAUACCAAUAUUAUUUAUCAUCUCAAUCGAUGGGUUUAAUGAGAUGCGGUGCAGGGCCACCCUUUAAAACAGCCAUUUCUAUUUAUGAGCUUUCCGGACUUUGAAAAUGAGUUUAUGUGAGGCUUUUAGUCAAGCUGGGUGUCCAAAUCCUGCCCCGUCUUUCAGAGCAGACGUAAGAGACCCGACCUUGCUCUGAGUGUGUGCCAAAACAAAACAGAGUGAAAUGUCAAGCUUUAAUUUCAGAGCUGAUGGGAUGAGAAAGAGGGGGGAGUUGGAGGAGUGUGUGGGAUGGGGUUUGGCCCAUCUCAUGGGAAAGGAGACGUCUGGCUGGGUGCACUACAGUCUGGUCCAGCAUGUGCACUAAUCAUAACCUGCUGUCUGCUGGGAAAACGACAGCAAAACAACAACGCCGUUAUCGCACACUAAACCAGAGCACCAGGAAUAUUUUAUUCUAUUUUAUUAGAAGCAGUACUUAAUUGAAUUAAUGGCUGAAGACUGUAGGCUAUAUCAGACAAAGAGUGAGUGAAUUAACUGAUAAGGAAUUACUUUUUUGGAUGCACAACUACAAGAGAAAUAGCAUUGUAACUACAGGUGUAUAAGGCUAUUAUUUUAUCACUUGUUAGUCUUAAGUAGGCAGCUAAGCAACCACAAUUAGUGUGAGCAUCCGUUGUUUAGUGGUUAUUAAAUCCGGAAACCUAAAAUAUAAACUCCCAAUUAAAAAUUCUCAGUGGGCGUGAAUGGGAUGCAGCCAUGUUGUUACAACCGUCUUCUAUAAAGUUAAUUAUACACCCUCUCUCUGCAGUCUCCAACUCCAGCCAGAAUGUUUCAGGUGUGCUCACGCAUGCCCACAAAGCCCCUGUCAACAAAGGGACAAAGGAAACCAGGAAAAACGCCUGAGGUCCUGGAGAGCUAUAAAUAGGGCUGGCACUUCGCCCUUCCCAGGGUGUGUGUGUGCUUUGCCCUUGAGUCGUUCCACCUCUAAAAGCAUAAGAAAGACGAUUUCGACACCCACCAUCUCAGAUUAUUCUGAAAUUGUUUCUGACUAGCAUUCCUGAAACAUUAUUUUGUUGAAAGAUAAAUCAAAUUGUCUUAUCUGUUUCUAACUACAGAAACCAUUUGAGAGCAAUCUGAGAUGGUGGGUGUCAUGGCUUGCUGAAAUGAAAUGGAACGACCCCCUUCCCACCUUCCCAACGCUCCUGUUCCUAAAACAAACUAAGGAGAUCUUCCUCUACCAUACCCUUCCCUGCCUUACCCUGCCCUGUUGUCGGAAUCUCCAUCCGGAGCACUGGGAAUCUUGUGGCGUUCCGUGUUCCAUAUCGGAAGUCUCCCCUCCCUGUAACAGAGUAGCAUAAUCCCCUGUGGGGUUAGAACUGAGCUGGUGAUGACGGAGAGCUCACACACACACACACACACACACACACACACACACACACAGUUCCUGGGAGACAUGCCAUUGGUAUAACACAGAGUACAUGCUGCUGAGUGAUAGCACUUGACAUCAUGCUGUUAUGAUAUUACAACUUUCCAGCACUGAUAGACAUAAUAGUGUAGAUUGACAGACACUCUGUCCUCAGCCAAUCACUUCAGGCUACCAGGUGCACCAUGCAACCUAACUGGAGUACCGGUAGUUCAGAGUUUAAUGAAUAAAAUGAUAGGAUUAGUGCUUCCUUACAAGCUGAGGAUUUGAAAUGGAUAUGGCCUUUUAGGUUUUUAAUUAACACUUGAUUGGGGAGAUUAAUGGGUAAGUUUAUAGGAGUUGUUAGGAAAUUUCCUCCUGCUGAAUGACGUGUGUGUCUGUCUGUCUGUGUGCAUGUGUGUGUGAAUGAUCUCGGUGAUACAUACUGACAGUGUAGGAAACCAGCCACAGAACACUGUAAUAGAUUAGCCUGUGUGUUUACCUCUCUCAAUUAGGAGUUGGACUUUGCUGUGGUUCCUCAAGACCCUUACCUAAUUCAGCAGUAAGUAAGGCAAAAACACAAUCACAACUUAAUAAGCCAAACUACAGUGUAUAAUAACUAUGUUAUAACUAUGUUAUUAUACACUCACUGCUAUUUCCUUUGACAUUUGUCCUACUUGUAAAGUUUUUCCAUUUCUAUUCUCAUUCUAUUCGUGUGAGAACAGUUCGCUGUGUGGAAAUUGCUGAGUGUUGCAGAAGGGAAAUUGCUGGGUGCACAAUUACGGCUAUUCAGCCAGGGCCGUGUGGGUCACUCUCACUCCUCUCUGCUGCAGAUGAGAGCGGGAUAAAAUAAGGAUAAGAGACCCAGGUCCAGCUCUCUGUCUGCUCUGGACAAUAGCCUCCCUGCUUCAGUCUAGUGCUGCCCCCUCGUCAAGGCUUUCAUGCUUACAGUGGAGUGGUUGUUGGUGAGCCAUGAAAGGACCUCUCCCACCAUCCCACUCAUCCGUCCCACAGGCCCUUACCCGAAUAGUGGCGAUAGAAAUGUCUUGUGUAGAGUUGACGUGAUUCCCCGUUCUACAUGACAGAGAGGCAAGUCUCUUCUAUAUAGUGCGUUUCUAUCUGAAUAUGUAGUGUUUAAUCCUCCUGAACUGGCCCCAGAGCCACGUCUCUGUUGUCUCUACUCUGUACUCGGUCUCUCAUAAAACACUGCAUCGUUCAUGUCAGCCAUAUUGUUGGGCUUGGGCCCCUCGUGUAUCUCAUGCACUCACCCUGCCUUCAUCUCAUCUCUCUGCAUUGGACCACUCGUCACGUCCCAGGUUUAUCAUUCGGCUUUCAGCUCGUUUUGUGUCAGCCGCUGAAUGUCAUCCCACCGCGCAAGGCAAUUGUCAAUUAAGACCCCGAAGCGCUCCUCCAAUCCGACGGCAUAAAAGUGCUCAAUAGUAGGCCUCACAGGAGGCUGGGCUAUUUAGGAGAGAACAGACGUGGAUCUGAAUAAGUUGCUGCUGCUACCUGAUCAAUACCACCCCAUUGUUUUUGACGUGCUUCUCCCUUUGCUUUUUUCAUUCUCUCCUUGUACUUCUGGGAGCUGAUUUAAUAUGAAGCAGUGUGAGGUAAAUAACAAUGGGGAGGGCUGUGAAGUUCCUUAUUUGUAUUAGCGUGACGAGAAUAUAGGUCUACCCCGUUGCUACUGUCAUCUCUUCUCUCUCUCUUCUGCACGCCAACCAGGCCUGUGUGUGUGUCGCCCGUAUAUCAAUUUGCGGAGGCGGCAGUGAGCUGAGGAGCGAAGGGAAGAGCACCGAUAAUGUGUUUCUGAUAUUCCAGCCGAGCGGUUAUCAUAGCAUGACACCGGGGUAAACGAAACACUCAUCACUCAGGAUUUAUGGGCCAGAAACGGUACCGCAAACGCACGCCACGCAUGGCUCACCGCCGCCGCCAAUGAGAGACAGGAGGAGGAGGGAGAGGGGGAUAAAAUGUGCAUUGAGUUAAUCACGUACUGCUGUGCGGCUGCAUACUGCCAAAGUGGCUCUGUUUCUUUGCUGAAGCAGAAAAGUUUCCACUCCAUUUUGGCUCUGUCGCUUGUUUUGUUUUGUUUCACCCUGUUGAAUGGUGUUUUGCACUCGGUUGGUAGAAACUGUGUGGUUGGUGAGGGAUGAUGAUGAUGAUGAGAGUGGCCCUUGUAGCUGGAUUACAGCAUGUACUGUAUCAUCAUAGAUCUGUGCCUGUAAAACACAGUGUGACAGAAUGUUCUGCACUUCAAGACAGGGACACAUGAAAUAGGAACGCUGUCUGGCACUUCUGCAUUUAUAUGGGAAAAAGAGAGCAUCUUCUUGGGUUACAAAAGCUUUUUUAUAAAGGUUCCUUCCUGAAACGAAAAGACAGAAAGGAUUAAAGAAAUAAAAAAGCAAUUCAAACGUGUUUGAAGGAGAAUAUGUUACAUCUGAAUUGACUGUACUGUGAUUAGAUAAUGUUGAUUCAUCUUCCAGUCAAACAUUGAUACUUCUGGUAUUGUACAGAUAUGUUUGAUAUUUGUUAGCUCAUACCAUUCCAUCCAAUACCUUCUUAUUUCACUUAUAUAAGACUUACAUAAGUUAGUGAAGCCAACGGCAGGUUCGUGGGUUUGAUUCCUGCUGGGGCCACCAAUAUAAAAGCAUCUGAUGAAUGGCAUAUAUUAUUAUUCUAUUACAUAAGCACAACAUUCCUUUUUACUGAAUGUUCAGCUCUGUCUGCAGGGAAGAUGUCUGACGUCCGCGCGUGGAGGAAACGGCAGCAGCUGAACAACCUGGUCGCCAUGGCGACGGAGCUGGCCCGGCCGGGGGACACAGUGGUGGAUUUCUGCAGCGGAGGGGUACAGUACGUCCGUCAGUCCUUCGGUCCAUCUCUCUAUCCUUCCACCACCUCCUCUGUCCAUCCGUCAAUCACGCUCUAUCUGUCUGUCCUCAUUAGACUGUCUGUUAGAAAUCAGGAUGAAAGGCUACAGUUCUUCUCUUAUCUUCUUUCGCUCUCUUUUGGAAAACUCUUGUUAUUCCAUGCACAGACAGACAGGAGAGAGAGAGAAGAGAGUGAGUGGUCUAUCAUGAAGGGAGUGCACACUUCACAGCAGUAGCACUGACUGUGGCUAAUAAUGGAUCAAUAUUGGAGUAGACAGAGCGGUAGGCCGCUACUGAUCACAGCCCCUUUGAUGUGCUCGGCUCGGCUUUGAAGCGUGUUUUUCCUCCGUAUAUAUUUAUGUCUUGUCUUUUUCCGUGUUGUGUUUUUCCAGGGCCACGUCGGGAUCGUUCUGGCUCACAUGCUGCCCGACUGCCAGGUAGGUUGAAAGUUGAAGCUCAGUGCUUCUCCACACAACUGUCUUGUCUACCAAGUUGAAGCUAGCUCGCAUUAGGGUGGCUUGACAUAAUUCGAUACUGAGUUACACAUUCGUGUUGUGUUUUUCCAGAGAAUUUUGAAAUUCAAGCAUGUUGUAUCGCAUUCCUCUCUUUGCAAAUAACAGGCUUAGUAUUUCAUUAAUUUAAUUAUUUUACACUGUAGAAUUGUAUUUUUUUCUAAUAAUUCUUAGACUUUUAGCCUAUAGCUGUCUAGUAAGCUAUUCAUAACCUAGGAGGUAAGAGUCAACUAAGAGUAAUGUUAGAUUAGCUACGUGUAAGCGGUAAUAAUAUAGAAAUAAUAAUAUUCCAUUUAGCAGACGCUUUUAUCCAAAGUGAAUUACAGUCACGAGUGCAUACAUUUUUUACGUGUGGGCCGUCCCGGGAAUCAAACCCACUUUUUGGGGGGCAUUGCAAGAGUAAUGCUCAACCAACUGAGCAACAGAGGACCAGAGUUGAUUCGGUAAAAGUAAGAGGUAAUCUUGUGUGGUUAACUGUAGGUGAUCCUGAUAGAGAACAAGGAGGAGUCUCUGGUUAGGGGGAAGGUGAGGAGUGCUGAACUGGGCCUGACCAACAUAGGCUUCAUCCAGGCCAACCUGGACUACUUCACUGGACCCUUCCACAUAGGGGUGAGUACAGAUGAAUACUAUAUUAUAGCUUAUUUUUUAUAUAAUGUAAUGUAAUAUGGUCAUUUAGCAGAUGCUUUUGUCAAAAGGAACUUACAGGACUGUUGACAUUGACAGUGGCACGUACAUGCAGUUUAUGUGGCCUAUAAGGAAAUCCAACCCACAACAAGGUGUUGCCAGAACCAUGCUAGUCUAACCCGCUGAGACAGUCAUAUUCACUACACAGACAUGAAUAUAGAAACUCAUUCCAUCUCUUUUACUUGUCGUGCUUACUGUACACCAUGAGAGCUACUACUGUCAAAGAGAGCUUAACAAACGGUUUGAUUUCACCAGUACUUCUAGAUGGCUCAUCUUCUCAAGUUGUCAAUGUGACACUUGAGGGAAGACUCAGUUUGCACAAGAAAGGAAUCGUCCACAGACUUGCUGCUCUCAAAGUGUCUUAUCUACGUUGUCACAGAGUAGAACAGCAUGCAGGAUUCCUUUUUUGUUCAGUUAUGGAUUUAGAAUGAUUUCCCAGAACUGGAACUUAUUUUGGAUAAGUUUAGCCCAUAUAAGUAUGUUUGAAUGUUUGAGAAGAAUCAAAGAUUAUAUUUCUUUAGGGAAAACUUUUGACAGUUUAUUUAGGUAACUUCUGCUCUCCAGUUGCACCCCCAACUGAUUAUAACGGGGACCUUGUCCUUUCCCUUCUCUGAGCAUUGUGGGUAAUCAAAAAGCCCAUUCUAUCAGAAGAACAUUACGACCAAGCUUUUCAGUGCUCCAUUUUCUUUAAAAGUACCUUUGCUCACCACCUCCUCCUCCUCCAAUACUUUGAAAAGAAAACACAUUUUCCUUUUAAUUGCUUACUUUGCAGAGCACUGAAGUGGAGCGAAAACAAACACCCUGCCAAAAGAUGUAGGAGCAAUAUAUUCUAUUCAGGCAGAGGUUAGAAGGAAUAACCGUUUGGAAGAGUAAGUGUUUAUUAUGAAGGCAAAACGUUUCAACUCCCCAGCUAUUUGCAGCGUUUAUUACGUUGACCUCUCAUUUUGACCACAUGAAUCAUCUGACUCCGCUAGUUGACUCAUUUGCAUCUGUAUCAGCCAGCGUGAGACCUGUGUGUGUUUUUUGUGGCUCGUUCACACACAGGUCUCACGCUGGCUGAUACAGAUGCAAAUGAGUCAACUAGCGGAGUCAGAUGAUUCAUGUGGUCAAAAUGAGAGGUCAACGUAAUAAACGCUGCAAAUAGCUGGGGAGUUGAAACGUUUUGCCUCACUUGCUGUGCUAGAUAAUUGUGGUUUAUUUCACUCAGCGAGCCGCUCCUACCGCAGUUAUAAGUUACUUCACUAGCGCUCUCCUCUCUCUCCUCCACACAGAGUCUGCGGGCCAGAUGAGAUGAGAACCUACCACUUACACUGUGUGUGUGUGUGUGUGUGCGCGUCUCCCGCAGUGUAUUUCAAUUCCUCUCCUCUCCUGACAGAAUGGAAUAAACGCCCACGUUCAUCAGCGGCCCUCUAACGACCUGAACUGCCUAAUUAGUCCCAAAUUAAAAGAGUUGUCGUUAAUUACAGUAUCGUCACGUCUAUUUUGAUCUGCUUGUGUUGGUUGUUGGCCACAGAACAGGUGCUUGUUUGAUUUAGGAAUUCAUUAGCUUGGUUAAACCAGUCUGGAUGGUAACUUCACCAUUGUGUCACUUCACUUAUCAUGGUGAGUGAGGAGUUCAGUCGGGGUUAACCAGGCUAGGAAGUCAUCUCCCACGCCACAAAUGAACUGUAAAGCCUGUAUGUGUACUAAACCUAGAUGCCAAGUGUUGGUGUUAAUAAUAUAUUUAUUUGAUAGGAACAAUGAAAACAUUCACGUUUAACUAUCAAGUGUCAGAUAAUAAUAAUAAUAAAUAAUUGAUUGGACUUAAUGGACAACUAAAUAUCUAUUAUAUUAUAUUAUAUUAUAUUACAGUAUAUCAUGCAUCCGUCUCUAAAAUAUGUCAAACAUAAUGUUCAAAUCUAAAUGUAAAACAUGUAGGUUAUGCCCAUCUCUCCUGUUCAGACAGAGUGAGUCAUCAUAGCUGAGAUUCAGACUAGAAUCUGGACUUUACUUCAGGCUUGCUGCUCCUCCCUGCUUCCCCCAGCCUGAGGUCCAGCAGGUGUAUGGUAGUCCACCAGUUCAUCAAUGAGCUUGACACCUUGAUAAGUUCCUUUCCUGAGGAUGGCUCACCCCUCACAGUUCUGGGGGAUUUCAACCUCCCUACGUCUACAUUUGACUCAUUUCUCUCUGCCUCCUUCUUUCCACUCCUCUCCUCUUUUGACCUCACCCUCUCACCGUCCCCCCCUACUCACAAGGCAGGCAAUACGCUUGACCUCAUCUUUACUAGAUGCUGUUCUUCUACUAAUCUCACUGCAACUCCCCUCCAAGUCUCCGACCACUACUUUGUAUCCUUUUCUCUCUCCCUCUCCUCCAACACUACUCACUCUGCCCCUACACAGAUGGUAAUGCGCCGUCACAACCUUCGCUCUCUUUCUCCCGCUACUCUCUCCUCUUCCAUCCUAUCAUCUCUUCCCUCUGCUCAAUCAUUCUCCCUCCAAUCUCCUGAUUCUGCCUCCUCAACCCUCCUCUCCUCCCUUUCUGCAUCCUUUGACUCUCUAUGUCCCCUAUCCUCCCGGCCGGCUCGGUCCUCCCCUCCAGCUCCGUGGCUUGAUGACUCAUUGCGAGCUCACAGAACAGAGCUCCGGGCAGCUGAGCGGAAAUGGAAGAAAACUAGACUCCCUGCAGACCUGGCAUCUUUUCACUCCCUCCUCUCUACAUUUUCUUCAUCUGUUUCUGCUGCUAAGGCCACUUUCUACCACUCUAAAUUCCAAGCAUCCGCCUCUAACCCUAGGAAGCUCUUUGCCACAUUCUCCUCCCUGCUGAAUCCCCCCCCCCUCCCUCCUCCCUCUCUGUGGAUGACUUCGUCAACCAUUUUGAAAAGAAGGUUGACGACAUCCGAUCCUCGUUUGUUAAGUCAAAUGACACUGCUGGUCCUGCUCACACUGCCCUACCCUACGCUUUGACUUCUUUCUCCCCUCUCUCUCCAGAUAAAAUCUUGCGACUUGUGACGGCAGGCCGCCCAACAACCUGCCCGCUUGACCCUAUCCCCUCCUCUCUUCUCCAGACCAUCUCCGGUGACCUUCUCCCUUACCUCACCUCGCUGAUCAACUCAUCCUUGACCGCUGGCUAUGUCCCUUCCGUCUUCAAGAGAGCGAGAGUUGCACCCCUUCUCAAAAAACCAACACUCGAUCCCUCUGAUGUCAACAACUACAGACCAGUAUCCCUUCUUUCUUUUCUCUCCAAAACUAUUGAGCGUGCCGUCUUUAGCCAACUCUCUUGCUAUCUCUCUCAGAAUGACCUUCUUGAUCCAAACCAGUCAGGUUUCAAGACUGGUCAUUCAACUGAGACUGCUCUUCUCUGUGUCACAGAGGCUCUCCGCACUGCUAAAGCUAACUCUCUCUCCUCUGCUCUUGUCCUUCUAGACCUGUCUGCUGCCUUUGAUACUGUGAACCAUCAGAUCCUCCUCUCCACCCUCUCCGAGCUGGGCAUCUUCGGCGCGGCUCACUCUUGGAUUGCGUCCUACCUGACCGGUCGCUCCUACCAAGUGGCGUGGCAAGAAGCUGUCUCCGCACCACGUGCUCUCACCACUGGUGUCCCCCAGGGCUCAGUUCUAGGCCCUCUCCUAUUCUCGCUAUACACCAAGUCACUUGGCUCUGUCAUAUCCUCACAUGGCCUCUCCUAUCAUUGCUACGCUGACGACACACAACUAAUCUUCUCCUUUCCCCCUUCUGAUAACCGGGUGGCGAAUCGCAUCUCUGCAUGUCUGGCAGACAUAUCAGUAUGGAUGACGGAUCACCACCUCAAGCUGAACCUCGGCAAGACGGAGCUGCUCUUCCUCCCGGGGAAGGACUGCCCGUUCCAUGAUCUCGCCAUCACAGUUGACAACUCCGUUGUGUCCUCCUCCCAGAGUGCGAAGAGCCUUGGCGUGACCCUGGACAACACCCUGUCGUUCUCCGCUAACAUCAAGGCGGUGACCCGAUCCUGUAGGUUCAUGCUCUACAACAUUCGGAGAGUACGACCCUGCCUUACACAGGAAGCGGCACAGGUCCUAAUCCAGGCACUUGUCAUCUCCCGUCUGGAUUACUGCAACUCGCUGUUGGCUGGGCUCCCUGCCUGUGCCAUUAAACCCCUACAACUCAUCCAGAAUGCCGCAGCCCAUCUGGUGUUCAACCUUCCCAAGUUCUCUCACGUCACCCCGCUCCUCCGCACACUCCACUGGCUUCCAGUUGAAGCUCGCAUCUGCUACAAGACCAUGGUGCUUGCCUACGGAGCUGUGAGGGGAACGGCACCUCCGUACCUUCAGGCUCUGAUCAGUCCCUACACCCAAACGAGGGCACUGCGUUCAUCCACCUCUGGCCUGCUGGCUCCCCUACCUCUGCGGAAGCAUAGUUCCUGCUCAGCCCAGUCAAAACUGUUCGCUGCUCUGGCACCCCAAUGGUGGAACAAGCUCCCUCACGACGCCAGGACAGCGGAGUCACUCACCACCUUCCGGAGACAUUUGAAACCCCACCUCUUUAAGGAAUACCUGGGAUAGGAUAAAGUAAUCCUUCUACCCCCCCCCCCCCCCCCCCCCCCCCCCCUGGCUACCACUCUGUGACAGCUAAGAGCGUUGAAGCGCGAAGCUCAACUUCUCCACUGUUUUGGUCCCCUGGCUACCACUCUGUGACAGCGUGAAGCAAACCUGUGCACAGAUACUGUGUGAGAGCGAAGUCUUGCAUCUCGCUCGUCUCAGUAUCUGCGGUGCUACCUUUAAAAAACAACAUGUAAAACGUAUACUAUGUCCAUCUAUUGUCCCAGGUACGUUAUGUUACGAUGUGUUCAGACAGAGUGAGUCACCGUAGUGAGUUUCAGACUAGACAUUGUGCUAAAAGCUUCCUCCACCAUACCUGCUGUUAUUAGAGCUAGUGCCUGACUACUGUUGCAGACCAGCCACUUCAUGGAGACCCGCUCCACUUGGCCAAAAACAAACAUAACAGCAAUGUACUCUCCACAGUACUGUGUGGGUUGGGGAGUGUGUUUGGUAUCUACUGUAGUCAGGGAAUGUUUUUCUGCACGCGCACACACACACACACACACACACACACACCACACACACACACACACCACACACACACACACACAGGUGGAGAGACCUUCAGCAAGUGUUUAUGCAUUAAGGAGAAAGAUGUAUUGAGAAACAAUUCCCUUCGUUUUGUGCAGAGGAGUUUAAACUUUUUUAAUAGGCCAGUUUUUUAAUAGUCCACUCCCUUACCCCCAGGUGUCCGUGGUGUGAAUGCACAGCAUAUUAUUUAGUGCAGCCAGUUAGUGCCCACUCCCUCACCCCCAGGUGCAGCCUAUCAUGCUGAAUAAUGGCAGUAUGUAUUAUACAUGGCUCCAUUUCUAGCCCUAGAUAGUCAUUUACUCAGGCUAAUUAGGUUGUUCCCUAUUCUUAGCUAUGGAGGCUUGCUCUCUCAUGUUGGAAGAACAACGCGUGUGCCAGGCCAGGUGUGUAUCAGCUUGGUGUCAGGAGACGAGAGUUUAUCCCCCAUAGAUCUCCUCUCAUAGAAUAUCCACCAGUGUAUCUCUCCUCUCUUAGUAUUAGAGUGAUGGCUGAGGCCUGCACCCCCCCCCCCCCCCCCUCCUUGGGGAGAGCCAGGUCCUCUGAGGAACAGAGAGUAGUGGAGCGUAACAUCUGAAUACUGCUGAGAAGAUCUGAGUCUUCAGUGUGGUCCCUUUAUCUUUGCUCUCUCUCUCUCUCUCUUUCUCUUUUCUCUCUCUCUCACUCACUCACUCACUCUCUCUCUCUUCUCUUUUCUCUCUCUCUCUUCUCUCUCUCUCUCUUCUCUUUUCUCUCUCUCUCUCUUCCUCUCUCUAUCGCAGUAUCUAUUUCUCUUUCACCCUUCAUUCUCUCUCCUCUUUCACUCUCUCUGCUUUCUCCCGCUCUCUCUCGCUAUCACCCCCACCUCUCUCUCUCUCUCUCUCUCUCUUCCCACUCACUCUCCCUCCCUAGCCCUCUCCAACCAGCAGGGGUAGAUGAGCUUUAGGGUCUGAGUAGACUAGAACAGUGGGAGUCAAAGUAAAGCUGCUCUGUGCGGUAGGUAGGUAGGUAGGUUGUCUCUCCUUAUCACUGACAGAGCCUCCCAUAUUGCACUAUAGAGUGCAAAUGAACCACGAUGUGUUAAAAGUAAUACCGGGGGAAAAUGUUAAUUCAGUACCAGAGGUAAUAAGCACCGAUGCACACGGGAUGUGAUGUAUUGCCGUGGUUAGCCGUGAAGUGUUUUUCAUGCUGAGACUGUGUGUCUCUGUGUGUGUGUGUGGACCAGGGUGUAUUGCCGUGGUUAGCCGUGAAGUGUUUUUCAUGCUGAGAAUGUGUGUCUCUGUGUGUGUGUGUGGACCAGGGUGUAUUGCCGUGGUUAGCCGUGAAGUGUUUUUCAUGCUGAGACUGUGUGUCUCUGUGUGUGUGUGUGGACCAGGGUGUAUUGCCGUGGUUAGCCGUGAAGUGUUUUUCAUGCUGAGACUGUGUGUCUCUGUGUGUGUGUGGACCAGGGUGUAAUAGCCGUGAAUAAAGAGUUUCAGAGCUCAUAUUUCAGCCCACCGCCUGUUCUUAUUCAUUAUGAUGUAAAGUUGUACUUGUGCAAAGGUGAGAGGGGGAAAAACCAUUAUGGACCAGAAUCUUCAAUAAGAUCUACUCCCACCUUCCCCCCAAAAGACAGGUGAGACUAAUAAAGAGUGCUUUUUCUGAACACUCCUCAAUCCUUUAUCGGUUUGCAUUAAUACAUAAUUUAUACCGGCCUCCACAGAAGCCUCUGGUUUAAUGGAAACAGGCUCUCCCCACGUGGACAGUCCCUUUCUUUAGUCUAGUUUUGCAAUUGUUUCUUUAGUCUUGUUUUAUCACGUGGUCUGUCUGUGUUUUCCUUUGCAACGUUCCCUCUUUAUUAAGUAACCGAUACUAGAACACAACGUAGUACACUCUGUGUUUCAAGAACAAAGAAUACAUUUUGGAAUUUUAAUGCAGAGCUUCCUCCUCAGCAAUGCAAAACAGCUAACAACAUUCCUUUGGUCUGGUUGGCAGGAAGGACCUCCAUCUUUAUCACAUUACUACACAUUAUUACUAGCUUCCAAGAUGGCCGACGAUAAAAAGACAAAGGAGGCCUCGGAAUGUGUUACCAAUAUGUGGCUAGUACCUUCUAUUUGUAAUCUUUUCUUUUCCGCUGGCGCUGCUCGUGCUGAAGUUGCUGGUGGUCUUGGUAGUAUUGCUGUUGUCGGCCAUUCUACUUCUGAUACUUUCCCUAUACUGACCUCAAUAAACCAUUUUACAGGGAUUUGCCUUCACUGGUGUAAUAUGUUUAAUGAGAUGCUGGUUUGUUGUUGGAAUGAAAACCUGAAACUACAGUAUGCCCCCAGGACAAAAGACAAAAGAACCCUGGCUUAAAGAGUUGCAUCUAACAUUCCAGCACUCUGUUCCUAUAAGGACCUGUCUUCUAGUCCCUCUCCGUGACUGGAAUGAUGCCUCCAGAUAGUCAUGCCAAAGACGGGCCAACCCAGGCCAAGGCACUGCAGGGCUCCAGUGUGGUCUGGGGGUGGUGGGGGGGGCCAAACAACAGUCGAAUUAAGGUUCCUUAAAUCUCUAGGCUGCAGUAUAUUUCUCAGGAGCCCAUCCAACUCUCCCUGGAAAUGCCUGGCUGAGCUAUUCUAAAGCCUUCUGCCGCAACCACAGAAUGAGAGAGGAGUGUAUACAAAAACUUGGCUGCGGUUUUAUAGUUACAGAAAUGUCAUAAUCCACAGAGAAGAGCCAAGCUCUGAUAUGGAUGUGAAGGAGCAGGUGGUAUAUAUUAGGGCUGUGAUGGAUUACAGUAGUCAGCCUGCCAUGAUGCAUUUGAUGUGGACUUAAAGUAACUUUAGGGGACGUUCAUCCCAAAAGAAUGGUAGCUCUUUAGCAGGGGAUUUGCUAGGAUUCUAAUCUUAAAUCUUGGAAGAGGCUGUCUCACACGUUGAACAGAAUCCGUUGGACAUGGACUUAUCUCUAACAUUGUCUUUGUGGAUCUUUUGAAGUUCUCCCAACACCUCAUUUUGGAUCUUCCAUUCGAAGCUGAUGACGUUAGCUAGCUAGUGUUUCUGACUGGGCCCCAGUGCUAGAGUGCUGAUUGAGAAUAGCCAGUAGUAAUAGUUUGCUGAUAAGUACUACCCCAGAGCCAUACUGUUUAGAGAGUUAGGACAACUUUUAGAAUGUGAUAUAUUUUGUUCCAAUUCUAGACAUUCAGUUAGUUACAUAGCAUUGUUUAAAUAUUCCCCAUGUAAUGUUAAUUGGGAGCUAACAUGACUACCAUAGAAUGUUGAAGUGUCAUGUAAAUGCAUCAUAAUUCAGAAACCGCAUUGGCCCAACUCUCUAAAUGCAUGGCUCUGGUCCAACUUACUCCCAACAAAAUGUGGUUCCAGGUGCUGUAGUCCAGCUACCAUAGAUGUUUGGGAUUUUGAUGGAAAUGUCUUAGCUCUCAGUCGAAGAGCAUCAGAAUUAUCAACAUCUACUACUCCAGUGUUUACCAAACAUCUCCUUGAGUACCCCAAACCAUGCCACUUAUCUGAUGUAUUUCAGACAGUACUAGCACACCGGAAUCAAUUUGUCAACUGAUCAACAAACACUGUACUCAUGGAUAUCGACCUGAAGUAGAUCCAGUAUGCACAGUGGGUCCCCAGGACCAGGAUAUUAGGAAACAGUCUGCUACAGUAGAGUCCCAGAGUCCCCUCUCUCUGUCUCUCCCUCUCUCCCUCCCUCUCUCCCUCUCUCCCUCCCUCUCUCCCUCCCUCCACCCAGCAACCUCUAACCACUCCUCUGGUAAUGUCUGUUGAGAUGCAGAGCGUCAGGCACGGUUUACCUGCUCAAUGGGAAAUCCGGUUCCUCCGUGCCUCCACUGCUAAACGACUCAAAGUUUGUUUACUCCACACGUUCAGCAUCAAGAGGCUUCUUUAACUAGUUAAUCAAUGAGUUUAUUUCAAACGGUUCCGUUUGUUUUCCCUAUUGACUCAGGGUUUGGUUUGCUAUCCGAGAUGUUUUCCAAUGAGGUGUAUCAUAUCGUGAUGAUGUAAUGUGAUGGAUGCAGAGAAAGAGUGUGUUCUGAUUGGGUCAUUUUUAAAAAAUAUGUGUGCGCAUGUGUGUGUGUCUGCGCACGCGCCUGUGAAUGUGUGUGCCUGUGUUUUAAUGUGUGUGUGUGUGUGUGUGUGUGUCUGCAGGUGGCCCUCCAUGCGUGUGGCGUGGCGACAGACAUGGUGGUGGAGCAGUGUGUCCAGGCGGGAGCGGCCUUCGUGGUCAGCCCCUGCUGCUACGGCUUUGUCCAGAACACACUGAAGUUCACCUUCCCCAGGAGGUCUGUCUGUCUGUCUGCCUGUCUCAAUGUAUGCCUGUCUUUCUGCCUGCCUGCCUGUCUCUCUGUCUGCCUAUCUGUCUCUUUGUCACCAUCUGUCACUGUCUGCCUGUCACGGUCUGUCUGUCACUGUCUGUCUGUCACUGUCUGUCUGCCUGUCACUGUCUGCCUGUCACUGUCUGUAUCUUGUGUCUCCUUACCGGUCUUCUUCUGUUAUCUUUAUUGACUGUAUCUCCCACCAUUUCUGCCUCUCUCUCUCUUGCUCUUGUACCUCUCUGCCUCCUUCUCUAUCUGCAUUGGUCUCUGGCUUAUGUUCUCUUCCACAGCGUCUAGGACUUCUGUGUCACCCUGCUCUCUCAUUCAGUCUCAGUCCAUUCAAUCAGAUCUUUCAGUACAGGGCUGCUGUCACAAAAUUACAGAGUAAAAACCUACCCCAUAACAAAUAAGUUGGCUAAGACGAAUCACUGCUCACUCCGAAAAGUACUUUUGCUCAUUUCAUUCUGGGGCCGAGCCGAAACAACUAAUGAAUUUGAUGUCUUGAUAUUUUCCUGGGCUGAGGUAAGAUCCGAAGAGUCGGAAUUGUGCUUGAGGGCAUGAACGAGGGAGAAAAAUGUGGGACCUCGUUUUUUUUAAUGCUGUUGUUCCUGUUGCCAUGACAGCUGUGUAUGGGUGGUCCCAGGGAUCGAACCCACUACCUUGGCGUUACAAGCGCCGUGCUCUACCAGCUGAGCUACAGAGGACCACGACUCAAAGAAUGAAUCAGUAUUCAUGUUACUCCACACUACACCACAGCCUUGACUAGUUCAUCCUCAGGCAAUGGUCCUGAAGACAAACUUUCACCAAGAGUCAACAUACCAAGUUCAAAUUCCCAGGUGUUUAAGUGCAACCGGCAGAAUACCUGAGUUGUUUAUAUCCAGAACCUGAUCAGAAGCUUUGGAUGUGUGUAUGGAAUAUUUUGUUAUACUAAGUUUAAAAAACGGGCCACUCUACAGUACCUAACUAUGGAGUUCGUAAACCGACAGGCUAUAGCCGGCCAAGUGAAACACUAGAGUCCUCAACUGAGUGGUCUGACUGCCCGUGACAUGACCUUUGACGUCUUCAGUGCCAUGGUGAUUAUUAGUUAGCUUUGCGCUCUUUCUCGCUACUCUUUAACACCACAAACAAACAGCCAGUUUCCCAGAACAUUGGAUAAAGACUUUGCUCAAAAUGAGCAUUGUUUGGGUUUUUGUCAUGUAUCGAGUUUAUCAUAAGAAGAUAGUUUGUUAUAUCAUGACUUAUCAAGACAAAAGAAGAUGGAUACUUGACUCAGUAUGUGAAUAUCAGUGUAUACAAUGCAAUACAAAUAGUUUUCCCACAGAAAAGCAUAAUGUGCAGAUUUACUGAAAUGUUUUCACAUUUAAUUGUCUUUUCUCUGAGCAUUAUUCCAAAAAUAUCUCACUUCUUUUACAUUCUCUCAUUUUGCAGCAAAAGGUUUCUGGAGACACUGAGUUACAAGGUAGGUUUAAUUAAUUUAAAAUGAGUGUUAGAUUCCCCACUGAAUGUAUUGUUUGUUUGGAUGUAUAUCAUAUCAGCAGCGAAUAUUGAACUAAGUCAGAUUUAAUUAAAGUCUUAUUUAUUUAUGGUAAUUGCGAACAGUGUUCUCCUACACAGGCUACAACAGUUUUGACCCCUCAGUUAUAAAGCAUCAUAAUUUACAGUCGUGCUGAAAGCAGUUGCUCCCUUGCCACGAAUUACAAGAGGUUAUACAAAACACAUGCAUUGUUUAAUUUCAAGUGGAGUCCAAGUCAUUUUCUCUGACUCAGAGAGUGAGAGUGAGAGAGAGAGAAAGAGAGAGAGAGAGAGAGAGGGGGAGAGAAAGAGAGAGAGAGGGGGAGAGAGAGAGAGAGAGAGAGAGAGAGAGAGAGAGAGGGAGAGAGAGAGACAGAAAUAGCUCUCCUGUUGAUUUAUCCUGGUAACUAAAGCCAGCUUUUCCAGGAAUCACAUUGUUACAGCCUCACACCACUUCUACCAAGGCUCUCUUCCAAUAAUAAUUUAUUCAACGUUUAUAGCGCUAUUCAUUACAUAAAGAAAGCAACAGCAACAAAAAAACUUGCACUUUCAAAACAACAUUAAUCAUGAGUAGAUCGACGGUCAAGAGACUGAAUGUUGAGAAAGUUCAUGGCUUGAUUGAGGUCAGCGGAGGUUCAAAUACUAUUCCAAAUAUACAUUUUAGUCACUUAGCAGACGUAUUUGUCCUGAGCCACACAGGAGGACAAAUGCAUCCUUACUUCACUCCGUUCCUUGGAGUCAUCAAUUUUGGGUAGGUGAACGCAAGGCUCUAUGUCAGAUCAGUGAUUACUUAAAGGAAGGCAGAAUGCAUUUUCAGAGUAUCAGAAAAGGGCCCAAGUCUUAUCGCUUGACACUGACAGUGCACUGAACUGGGAGGAGUUGAUGACAUCAUAAUCUCUUAAUGAUGUAUGGCCUCAGUCACUCACUACUCUAAUCAGCUGAGGCCUGCUAUAGGGCCUCGCCAUGACAACUGGAACAUGACAGUUGAUGGGUCCGAAAACUGACUACUACUAGUAUAUUUUGGUAAUGGUCUAUUCUCUGACUACUACUAGUAUAUUUUGGUAAUGGUCUGUUCUCUGACUACUACUAGUAUAUUUUGGUAAUGGUCUAUUCUCUGACUACUACUAGUAUAUUUUGGUAAUGGUCUAUUCUCUGACUACUACUAGUAUAUUUUGGUAAUGGUCUAUUCUCUGACUACUACUAGUAUAUUUUGGUAAUGGUCUAUUCUCUGACUACUACUAGUAUAUUUUGGUAAUGGUCUAUUCUCUGACUACUACUAGUAUAUUUUGGUAAUGGUCUAUUCUCUGACUACUACUAGUAUAUUUUGGUAAUGGUCUAUUCUCUGACUACUACUAGUAUAUUUUGGUAAUGGUCUAUUCUCUGACUACUACUAGUAUAUUUUGGUAAUGGUCUAUUCUCUGACUACUACUAGUAUAUUUUGGUAAUGGUCUAUUCUCUGACUACUACUAGUAUAUUUUGGUAAUGGUCUAUUCUCUGACUACUACUAGUAUAUUUUGGUAAUGGUCUAUUCUCUGACUACUACUAGUAUAUUUUGGUAAUGGUCUAUUCUCUGCAAUAAAUGUCUUAACAGAUUUGGAUUAACAGAUUAAAGAAAAAUACUGCUUGUGUAUUUUGCACUGAAUUUAGGGUAUUUGGUGGUGGAAAGUUGUGUGUGCCAUCUAUCUCUGUGUUUUUCUAGUUUGAUAGAAACUUUGACAAAGAAACUUGGCCACAUAGUUGAUCGCGUAAUGGCAGUCUGGAAAUAUGCACACAAACACUUUGCACCAUGUGACAAGAGAAAUCAAUAUUCCAUUUAAGCAACCGGAUUCAUUUUCCGGCAAUUAACAUACAAAUUCUCUCUCUCUGAACCUCCCUCUGUGGCGAAUCAUCGCGAUAUGAUUUUAACGAUUCUGUUCUCUUUCAUUUUGUAGCAAUUCCUUUAGGGUGUUGCUCCUCGUCUUAGUGGAGAGGGGCUGUAUUACUGAGACUAUGUUAUUUCCACUCUAAAACCCUGAUGAAGGCUAAAGGCCGAAAUGAAGAACAAUGUUGAUCAACUUCCAUUGUCCUCAGAGUCACUGAAUUUCCUCUUCACCUCACCACAACAGCCACUGACCGAACAGAAACCAAUAUUGCAUUUCACUGCUACUGUAACACAGUGAACCAACCAAUCACAGUGCACUCUUUCCCCCCCCCUGAGCUAGUUGAACAGACUGACAGCGGAGCUCCAUGACAGAUGGCUGUAAUAGAACGCUAAUGAUGUGAGGUGUUGUGCUUGGUGCCGAGUCAUAGUGGUUGAACCCUGGCUAGGACGGUACUCUCCUGAUCCUUCCACAGUGACGAAUGGAAUCAGUUAGAGCUAGAGGUUAACUAGGGUCCUCCUGGGGUUGGUGAUUUUACCGUGGGGUUGGAGAUAGAAAAAGGGGUGUAGAAGAUGACUAGAUGGUGAAUAAAGAAAGACAUAAGAAGAUAGCUACUGUCCCCUGGGUUUUGGUGUUUUUACCUUCUGGGGAAGAAUAGGAGGAAGUUUUAACAGCAGGAAGGAGACUCAUCCUCCCAGAGGUCAGAGAUGUGACUCUAAUGAUGUACAAUAUGGCUUCAUACAGAGACUUUCAGGAAAGCCUGGAAUGAACAUUCUGCUGCUGGGGUUGGUUGAAGUCUGUGUAAAUAAAACAUUUAAUAAAUAUGCCAUUUAGCAGACGCUUUAAUCCAAAGCAAUUUACAGUCAUGCGUGCAUCCAUUAGUGAUUAGUUAGCUGAUGAGUUUUAGCUGUAGCUGUGUGUGGUUUGAGUUAAGUCUUUCUCUCUGUUCUUCCUCCAUUUAGGAGCACAUGAUCCUCUGCCGCUUCGCAGACCAGACGGCGGUCCAGCUGCCUCCAGAACGACGCUUAAUAGGUAACACACACACACACAUUGUGAAAUGACCACCUUUUAACACAAACAGAUCCCUUACAAGUGGCCACUGUCAUUUUUCCAUAAUGCUGAAAGCAAAGUCAAAGGGGGAAUGAUUAUAUCCAGUAUAUUGAAUGGUCUAAUCAUAACCUCACUGAUUGGUGGACGUUGAUCAUGAACCGUGCAAAGGCACCUGUAAUCGCUGCAGGCACAUCCACAAUGCACCCCUCUCUUUCUCCAUCAAACUGAUACCCCUUCAGUACCUGGGUCAAUAUUUUAAAAGGGUCUCAGAGUAGGCUUGCUGAUCUAGGAUCAGGGCCCCCUGUCCAUAGGAUCUUAUUAAUCAUGAUUUUAAAGGCAAAACGUAUCCUAUACCAGCACAUUCAAUACUUGUGAAUAAUUAGUGAAGGUACUCCCUGUUGUGUUUUCACUUUGAACCGCCCUCGUACGUUCCAUACCUGACACUUCCUGUCAGAGAAGAUUCCACUAACGGGGCGCUGCCGCCGCCAUGACAACCCUCAACCUCUCCUCAACUCACACUAACCGUCUUUGAUCUUAUUGCUUAUUCCCUGAGCCUGUCAGAUCUGAGCGUCGGUCCGUCUGAGACUCUUGAGUGCUGUAGAGAUGCGUUCGUUGUCUGUCUGGGUCUGCUUCAGAGCCACUGAUUAGCGUAAUGCAUUUACAGUGGGCUUUUGCCUUUAAAGCAAGCUUUGAUAGGAGAGUGCCAGCGGAAGUGAUCCCAAAGUGUUAAUAGAAAGGAAGAGACCGUUCUAGGAAGUGUCUGCAGUAGAAUGUUGAGAAUGAGGGUCAUAUAAGGAAGAUGAACAGAUCCUGGAGGAACGUCUUCAUCUCUUAUUUCGCCUCAAUACACUGAUUUAAAGACUUCUACAGUACAGAAGAGGCCUAAGGGUGUUAUCCACAAAGGAUGCAGCACUCACUUUGUAUAUCCAUAUUAAUAUGAAUGCAAAUUCUAAGAAUGAUUAGAACAAAGCUAAUUAUACGGUGAGACAGGGGAACAUUCUAUCAGUUGUAUUUAUUUAGGUUAUGCAAUUCACCUCUUAGCUGCCAGUGUGUGGAAUAUAAAUAAACGUAAUUAUUGUUGUAUCAGUGACAUCAUCACUGUGCUCUUUGACCCCUCUCCUCCAGGUAAACAGUGCAUGGGCCUGGUGGAUCUGGACCGCUCCUGGGCAGCAGAGACUCAUGGGUACUCUGUCAGGGUGAUGACCAUGGAGCCAGACAGCUGCUCCCCCAAGAACAACAUGCUG